AUGAGCUCCUUCGACCUCCCGGCGCCCUCCCCGCCCCGCUGCAGCCCCCAGUUCCCCAGCCUCGGCCAGGAGCCCCCCGAGAUGAGCCUUUACUACGAGAACUUCUUCCACCCCCAGGGCGCGCCCAGCCCGCAGCGGCCCCCCUCCUUCGAGGGUGGCGGGGAGUAUGGGGCCACCCCCAACCCCUACCUCUGGCUCAAUGGGCCAGCCGUGACCCCGCCACCCUACCUGCCAGGCAGCAGCCCCUUCCUGCCCCAGGCCUACGGCGGUGUGCAGAGGCAGCUGCUGCCCGCCGGCGUGCCCGCGCUGGGGGCCGGCGACCUGGGCUGGCUGCCGCUCCCCUCGCAGGAGGAGCUGAUGAAGCUGGUGCGGCCGCCCUACUCCUACUCGGCGCUCAUCGCCAUGGCCAUCCACGGGGCGCCCGACAAGCGCCUCACACUCAGCCAGAUCUACCAGUACGUGGCCGACAACUUCCCCUUCUACAACAAGAGCAAGGCCGGCUGGCAGAACUCCAUCCGCCACAACCUGUCUCUCAACGACUGCUUCAAGAAGGUGCCCCGCGACGAGGAUGACCCGGGCAAAGGGAACUAUUGGACCCUGGACCCCAACUGUGAGAAGAUGUUCGACAACGGAAAUUUCCGCAGGAAGAGGAAGAGAAAAUCAGACGUCUCCUCCAGCACGGGCUCCCUGGCCCCAGAGAAAACGGAGGCUGGGCUCCUGGCAGGCAGCCCCGAGACUGCAGAGGCCCAGGACAUCGUGGACGGCGCUGCACCGGGCCCCACCGGCUCCCCGGAGAAGCGGCCAACGCCGCCCCCGCCAGGCACCCCAUGCCUCAGCAGCUUCCUCUCGACCAUGUCAGCCUAUGUGAGCGGGCCGAGUCCCCUGGGCCGCCCCGCGGCCAGCACGCCGGGACUGAGCCUGGAGCCUGCUGACAAGGUGGGGCAGAACUCACUGAGCUUCAGCUCCUACACCCCCCUCACCAACAUCAGCAGCCCUGUGGGCGGGGGCGAGUGGGCCAGCCCCAUGCCCAGCAACGCUCUGGGCUACGGGGGCUCUGUCCUCAACCAAUUCAACCCCCCCUUCUACGGGAGCGUCAACACGAACAGUGUCCUCUACCCCAGGGAGGGCACUGAGGUCUAG